UCCACAAAAUUUGAAUUCUGUUUCCAUUUCAAACCUCUUGAGCUUCUCUCUCUCCCAUUUCAAUCCUCCGUCAAAUUAAUUCCCCGGCGAUAACACACAAAUCACACACGCCGGAACAAAUGGAGGAAUGCCACGUGGUGGCGAUGGCUUACCCCGGCAGAGGCCACAUCAACCCGAUGAUGAGCCUCUGCCAAUUGCUAGCUUCCAAAACGGACCGAAUCCGAAUCACCUUUGUCGUGACGGAAGAGUGGCUCGGCUUCCUCGGCUCGGAGCCCAAGCCGCCGCCGGCUAACAUCCGCUUCGCCACCGUCCCCAACGUUCUCCCCUCGGAGAUAGGCCGCGCCGCCGACUUCCCCGGGUUUUACGAAGCUGCGCAGACUAAGCUGGAAGAGCCCUUCGAGCGGCUUCUGGAUAGGCUUGAGCCGCCGGAGCCCAGGGUUAUUAUCUACGAUACCGAGAUGCCGUGGGUGGUGGGAGUUGGGAAUCGGAGGGAUAUUCCGGUGGCUUCGCUUUGGACCAUGCCCGCGUCGGUGUUUACUGUGUUCCAUCACUUUGAUCUCCUCGCGCAAAAUGGCCACUUUCCGGCCGAUGUGUCAGAGCGGGGAAACGAGCUGGUAAACUACAUACCAGGAAUUCCGCCAACCCGCAUUGCAGACCUUCCAACAGUCUUCCAUGGCGAUGGACUUAAAACUGUGCAUUUAGCUUGUGAAGCCGUUUCACGAGUCCCAAAAGCACAGUAUCUUCUACUCACUUCAAUCUACGAGCUCGAAUCCCAAACCAUCGACGCCAUAAAGGCAGCAAUUCCAACCCCAAUAUACUCGAUUGGUCCAUCAAUACCGUACUUCAGAUUAGGAGACAAUUCCUCUCUAUCUAUUGAUUCCCAGAACGGUGAAACCAGCUACAUGCAAUGGCUAGAUUCUCAGCCUGAAUCCUCUGUUUUGUACAUUUCUCAGGGUAGUUUCCUUUCAGUUUCCAAAACCCAAAUGGAUGAAAUCAUUGCAGGGGUGGAUAUGAGCGGCGUUCGGUUCUUGUGGGUGGCGCGUGGUGAUGCUUCACGGAUUAAAGAGGGAUGUCGUGAUUUGUCAAACAAGGGGGUGUUGGUGCCAUGGUGUGACCAAUUGAAGGUGUUAUGCCACCCUUCAGUAGGGGGGUUUUGGACUCACUGCGGAUGGAAUUCAACAAAGGAAGGUGUUUUCGCCGGAAUCCCAUUCCUCACUUAUCCAAUAUUCUGGGAUCAAGUUCCGAACUCCAAGACUAUAGUGGAAGACUGGAAGAUUGGGUGGAAAGUGAGGAGAGGAAUGGGUGAGGAAGAACACUUGGUCACAAGAGAAGAAAUUGCUGAAAUGUUGCAGCGGUUCAUGGAUUUGGAAAGCGACGAGGGGAAAGAAAUGAGGGGAAGAGCAAAAGAACUCAAGGAGGUUUGCCGAAGAGCGAUUUCCAAAGGGGGUUCCGCCGAAACUGCCAUUGAUGCUUUUAUUCAGGACAUUUCGCGUCGUCACGACCGUUAAACCAGAUUUUCCGUAGUUUGUUUUGAUUGAUUGGAUCAUUGUUUUGAAGCCCGUUUUUAUAAUUUGCAAGAAUCUUUACGAAAAUUGCAAGUUCAAAAUAAGACUAGCUAGUGAUCAAAUGCUACAACUCCAUUUGUUACAA